GUGAGUACAACUUGGAUUCCUUGGGCUCUUGUUUCCCAUGGUUGUUAUGAGUGGAGUGGACGUUUCAAACAUUUAUUUUUACUGCGGCACGCCAUAUACCCUAUGUUUGAAGACCGACUUUUUAUUCUGCAUAAAUGAGUGAGAUGGAUGCUGGCGGCAAACCACCAUCUUCCCUGGAGACUCCCAGGAAGAAUAGUGGAACCCAUAAACAUCUCAACCCUCCUGUUUUCUCAAGCGAAUCCAUUCCAGGCACUGAGCCUUCUGGGACGGCUGUUUCCCCCACAUCUAGUUCUGACAGCCCAGACAGACUACUUAAAUCCAGCCCUUGUUUACCUCAAGAUACCACAUUAAAAUCUAAUGUGAAACCCCCAAGUGUUCCAUCUAAAUCAACUGAGAACCCCAAAACAGCUCAUUUGUCAUCUGCAAACUCAUCAGCAUCCCCACCGUCAAAAUUACCUUCUCCUAAUGACACAUCCAUUCCCAGUAACACAGUUACUCCUGACCCAGCCUCAUCUAUGGCUCCUUCCGAGGAUUCACCGCCCACCACAGCACCUGCGACAGGCUCUGGUAAAAUCCCCCAUCAACUAAGCUUUUUGGCUGCAGCCAAGAAGGUAAUAAUGGAGGUGAAAAUAAGAAAAGCUAAAGAGGAGGACAACACUGAAGAAUUUGAUGAUACUGAUGUGGAUCUGUCUUUUGAAGAGUUAAUGGAAAAAGCUGAGGCUGGAGACCCCAAAGCACAGAGUGGACUUGGUAAAUACUACCUUAAACUGGCAGAGGAAAAUGACCCAGAGGCCAAUAAUCGUACAGCUGUCGAAUGGCUAGUGAAGGCAUCUAAACAAGGUCGGAGGGAUGCGGCAAAACUACUGCAGAAGUGUUGGAUGCACCAGAAGGGCAUCACAGCAGAGAAUGCACAGGAAGUUAGAAGUCUGUCAUCUGAGAGUAAACUUGAACUCGCUGUGAGGCGGGCAGCCAUGAUGAUGUACUGGAAACUUAAUCCUGAUAGGAAGAAGAAAGUAGCCAUGUCUGAGAUGCUGGAGAAUGUCAGACAGGUCAAUGCUGUGCCAGGUGAGACUUCUGUAUGUGGUGCAACACCUAGCGUACAAACUCAGAGGAAAAUCCUGGAGACUAUGGUGUCUAAUGAAUCUGGCUCCGAGUAUGUGGAUAUGGAAGGUUUUGUGGAGAUGACCAAAAAGUUCACAGAAAGCAUGGUGCGCACUUCCACCCGGAGCACCUCGGGCGUUGAUGUCGACAUGGAGGAAAAUGCUUUGCCGAAAAGUCCUUGUGACGCAGCCACUUUUGACAGGGGAGAAAACGAAGUAGCGCGGAUCACCCCUAAGCGUCAGCAGAAAUCCAGUUGGGGAAUAGGCGGCAGCGACAUGAUGCUUGCAACCAGGCACAGUGGCGCAAUGAAGAGAGCCAUGGAUAUCAAAGCUCAACUCUUGGUUUUGCAGUAUCCUUUCCAUGCCAUUUUUGCGAUGAAAGAACACUUAAUUGACUGGGCAUCCCGUGCUGGCGUCCAGUGGCUGAGCACCAUUAUCCCAACGCAACAUGUCAACGCCCUUAUCUUCUUCUUCAUCAUCUCCAAUCUAACCACUGAUCUGUUCGCCUUCGCCAUCCCGCUUAUCAUCUUCUACCUCUCGUUUAUCUCCAUGGUCAUCUGCACGCUAAGAGUCUUCAAGAGCAGCAAAGGUUGGGAGAACUUCCGUGCCCUGACCGCCCUCCUCGUAAAAUUUGAGCCAAGCCUGGAUGUGGAGCAAGCGGAGACCAACUUUGGCUGGAACAACAUGGAGCAGUACCUCUAUUUUAUGAUAUCCGUGUUCUUUGUAAUCUUCACCUUCCCAGUAGCAGAUAAACAUUGGAUCCCAUGCUCGGAGCUUUUCACGGUGGCCAUCUUCUUCACAGCGCUGAGCUACAUGAGCCUGAGCCCAUCUGUUGCAGAAUAUGCACGGAGAGCAUUGUGUAUUGAGGUGGCAUCAUCUCUUUGUGCCUUAACCAGCAGGUUGCCCAAAGAUAUGAAGAUGGCCAGGAUGCUAGGGCGGACGUUUACAACCUUUGCUGUAGGAGAAUCGUUGGUGCUGGAACUCAGUGUACCUUGUGUGCUUUACAUCUACUUGUUGUACCUGUUCUUCAGUAUGGCACGUGUGAGGGGAUUCAAAGGUACGUACUGUUUCCUUGUGCCGUACCUGGUCUGCUUCGUGUGGUGCGAGUUCUCUGUGGUUCUGCUCCAAAACUCCACCACCAUCGGUCUGAUCCGUACCUGUGUGGCUUACUUCCUCUUCCUGUUUGCCUUGCCUGUCCUGGCUAUGGGCCUGGCAGCAAUGCUGUUGAUUCAGCUGAUUAAAUGGUUUGUGGAACUGGAGUUAACCAAAAUGCUGGUGACCCUUGCCGUGUGCGCUGUGCCUGUAACCCUUAGGCUUUGGACGCGAUUCAGCCUUUCCAUUCUCACUGUCUUCCGCACCAUCACUCAUAGAGGUCCUGUGAAACUCAUUCUGUUGUGCAUCACUACAGUGAUUUUACUUAGCGGCGUCUACAUCUACAAUGUUGAAGGUCAGAAGGUUUACAACUCCACACUCACCUGGCAGCAGUACGGUACGCUGUGCGGCCCACGUGCCUGGCAAGAUCGCGGCAUGGCUCAAACGCAGCUCUUUUGUGGCCAUUUAGAAGGUCACCGUGUUACCUGGAAAGGAAUAUUUCGACACGUGCGUGUAGCCGAGACAGAAAACGGAGCUCAAUCUGUUAUAAACAUCCUACCCGUGUUCAUGGGAGACUGGCUGCGGUGUCUCUACGGUGAGGUUUACCCAAAAUGCGAACCGAAUAACAAUACAUUUCAGGUUGUGAAUGUAACAGAAGGUGUCUUGGUGCCUGUCAACACCACCCUCCUGUUUCUCCAGCAGGAAGAAGAGGAACUCUGUCGGAUAAAAGCCUUUGCUAAACAUCACUGCCAUGUAAAACGUUUUGACAGUUACCGCUUUGAGGUGACCGUAGGCAGGCCGGUGGAUGGGGUCACAGAACUCGACGAUCCAGCAGGCGACAUCUUCCUGAUGGCGAGUCAUGAGUUCAGACAGGUGCUCCUGAAUAUUGACCCGGGUAGCCUGGUUGAAUUUAGCACAAAGCUUGAGGGAAAGUUGGGUACAAAGCUACCUGCUUUUGAACUGAAAGCUAUACACUGUUUGGACUGCAGUUCAUCACUCGUGCCUGAGGGACGACAAGUCAAAAUCGAGCGCAACUGGAGAAAGACAACGCUUAAAUCUAUCAAAUUUGCAUUUGACUUUUUCUUUGCUCCGUUCCUUCAAGCUAGGGUCAGUGGGUGA